AUGUAUAUAUACAUAUAUAUAUGCGCGUNUCCAUUACUUGAAGAUCGUGAUAAAACUGUUCGUGAUGAGGCUAAAUUAUUACUUGUUGAAGUUUAUAAAUGGAUUGGUAAACAAACUAUUAUGCCAAUGAUACAAAAUGUUAAACCUAUUCAAAUGCAAGAAUUACAAACUGAAUUUGAUAAAUUAGAUUUGAAUGGUGCUGAUAAACCACGACAAACACGUUUUCUUCGUUCACAACAAGAUCUUAAACAAAAAAUGGAACAAACUCAAGCAUCAACAACUGUUAGUUCAUCUGUAGCUAUUGAUGAUGUUAAUGUUGAAAUGCAAGAAGAUCUUGAUCCAUUUGAAAUGUUAGAAUCUGUUAAUAUUCUUGAUCGUUUAGCAAAAGAUUUUUUUGAUAAAAUUGAAUCAAAACAAUGGAAAGAACGUAAAGAAGUACUUGAUGAUUUAUUAACAUUAUUAACACAAAAUCCUAAACCAACACCUGAAGUUGAUUAUUUUGAACUUAUUAAAGCAUUAAAAAAAAUUAUUUCAAAAGAUAGCAAUAUACCUGUUGUUCUUGUUACGGCUAAAUGUUUAACAGCAUUAGCUAAAGGUUUAAAAAAAGCAUUUAAAACUCAUGCUGUUGGUGUACUUGAAGUAUGUCUUGAUCGAUUUCGUGAAAAGAAAACAAAUGUUAUCGAAGCAUUACGUGAAACAUGUGAAGCUUCAUAUCCUGCGACAAAUCUCGAUCAACUUUCUGAAGUAGCAAUAGCUGUACUAGCACAUAAAACACCUAUUGUACGACAAUGUACACAUCAAUUUCUUACAAAAUGUUUUGCUAUGGCAACACAAACAACAUUACCUAAAAAAGUUCUUAAAAUUUAUUUACCAGCAUUAAUUAAAAAUACAGGUGAAGCAGAUGCAGGUGUACGUGAUAGUGCAUUUGAAAGUCUUGGUAUGUUAUGGAAAUGUCUUGGUGAAAAACAUAUUCUUCCACAUGUAACUGACUUAGAUGAACUUAAAUUAAAUAAAAUAAAAGAAUAUGCUGAAAAAGCAGUUCUACUCAACAGUCGAGGAGAACCACGUUCAUCAGGAACAAGUACAGCUGCUGUACCGAAAUCUGUUGCCUCAUCGAUAAAUACAGCAACCAUGACAAAGAAACCAGGAGGUGCAACUAUAGUUAAACCUGAUGUUACAGCUGAUAAAGAUGAAGAAUCAACAAGUCCAGCUCCAACAACUAAAUCAACAACUGUCACUAAGAAGAAAACCACAACAACUAGUAAACCUCCAGCAACAACAAAUGAACUUGCAGAAGAGAAAAAACGAGAACCAAGACCACCAAAGGUAAAUUAA